AUGUUAAAUUUUAAUCUUCUUACAGAACUUCAAAGGAAACCUACCGAAGGAUUUUCCGCAGGAUUGCAAGACGAUGACAUUUUUAAAUGGGCAGUAAUGAUAAUUGGGCCUCCCGACACGCCAUUUGAAGGAGGCUUCUUUAAAGCUCAUCUAGAUUUCCCUAGAGAUUAUCCACAACGCCCUCCGGUUAUGCAAUUUCAAACUAAAAUUUAUCAUCCAAAUGUCGAUAAGGACGGCAAAGUUUGCAUAUCAAUACUACAUGAACCAGGAGAGGAUAAAUUUGGUUACGAAAAGUCAUCAGAAAGAUGGAGACCUAUUCAUACCGUUGAAACUAUACUUUUAAGUGUUAUUUCUAUGUUGGCUGAUCCGAAUGAUGAAUCUCCGGCCAAUAUUGAUGCAGCUAAGGACUGGAGGGAAAAUAAAGAAAAAUUUAAGAGAUUGGUAGCGCAAUGUGUAAGAGAAAGUCAAACGUCAUAUGAUUAA